AGGAGGGAGGAGGGAGGGGGAGGAGGAGGAGAAGGGGGGGAGGAAAAACACUAAAGGGGUAGCUAUGGAGAUGGAGCGUUUUCCUGGCUGCUUUCUUUGACAGGUGUUGAGUGGGGCAAAAGUCUUAAAACAGAAUCCAGCAUGUACGCCAAAGGUAAAGGAGCUGUCGUCCCUUCCGAUAGCCAAGCGAGAGAAAAGUUAGCUUUAUAUGUGUAUGAGUAUUUGCUGCAUGUCGGCGCACAGAAAUCAGCACAGACCUUCCUGUCAGAGAUCCGAUGGGAGAAGAACAUCACGCUUGGGGAACCUCCGGGAUUUUUACACUCAUGGUGGUGUGUAUUCUGGGAUCUGUACUGCGCUGCCCCGGACCGGAGGGAGACAUGUGAACAUUCCAGCGAGGCCAAGGCUUUCCAUGACUAUAGUGCAGCCGCUGCACCCAGUCCAGUGAUGGGCAACAUGCCACCCAAUGAUGGCAUGCCGGGAGGACCCAUGCCCCCGGGCUUCUUUCAAGGUCCUCCAGGAUCUCAGCCUUCCCCUCAUACACAGCCUCCUCCUCACAACCCCAGUAAUCCCAUGAUGGGACCUCACGGGCAGCCAUUCAUGUCUCCACGGUACCCAGGUGGCCCAAGGCCCUCUCUCCGUAUGCCAAAUCAGCCUCCUGGGAGCAUCCCUGGGUCACAGCCUCUCUUACCAAACAGCCUGGACCCCACCAGACCUCAAGGACAUCCAAACAUGGGGGGACCAAUGAGAAUGAAUCCCCCUCGAGGCAUGGGAGGCAUGGGCCCACAGAACUACGGCGGCGGGAUGAGGCCUCCUCCAAAUUCUAUGGGCCCAGGGAUGCCAGGCAUGAACAUGGGUCCUGGUGGAAGAGGUCCUUGGCCAAACCCCAACACCAACUCAAUAGCAUAUUCAUCUUCAUCUCCAGGCAACUAUGUGGGCCCUCCAGGGGGAGGCGGCCCACCAGGAACUCCAAUCAUGCCUAGCCCCGGAGAUUCAACAAACUCAAGUGAAAACAUUUACACAAUGAUGAACCCCAUCGGCCCUGGUGGAAAUAGACCUAAUUUCCCAAUGGGACCAGGUCCUGAUGGGCCCAUGGGUGGAAUGGGUGCUAUGGAGCAGCAUCAUAUGAAUGGAUCACUAGGAUCUGGUGACAUGGAUGGGUUGCCAAAGAAUUCUCCCAACAACAUGGCAGGCAUGAACAAUCCUCCUGGGACUCCGCGGGACGACGGCGAGAUGGCGGGCAACUUUUUAAACCCAUUCCAAAGUGAAAGUUAUUCACCCAACAUGACGAUGAGUGUGUGAUUUUUUUUUUAUUUUAUCUUUUAUUUUAUUUCUUUUUCAUCUCCCCUUAUCCCAAUCUCCCUUUCCCACCCACCUGGUGUGUCUUGCAUUACCCUCCUCAUUCCCUUCCUUCCACCCUUCCUCCUCCUCCUCGUGGACGGUGUGCUGUGCCGCACAGCCCCUGGGGAUGCCCCUGGAAAGCAGGCCUCCCCUCAUCCCCCAUCCCAACGCUUGUAAAAUGGGUGUAAGAACAUGAAAAAGGCCUCAACGCAACAGGAUGGGUCACUUCUUCGCUUCUCCUCACCUGCCGGGCCUCGACACUAGGCCCUAGGACAGUAAGGCCCUGAAACUGUUCCAAGCUUGUCUCUCCCAACCCCAAAACCUGCCCUCAUGGGAGGCAUUCAAGCUCAAUCAAGAUGCCCUUCUGCAUCUACCACCACUCCAUUAUAUCAUGCUGAUCAUAAGGUAUGAGGGCACGCAGUUGUUGCCUGACAGGGGCUGAAAGCUCUCCUUCAAAAACUGAUUUAAAAAAAGAGAGAGAGAGAGAAAGAUGAACUGAUAAUGUUAUUUUAGGGUAAGAAUGGUUUUCAUUAAAUAUUUGUGUUUUUUGUUGUUGGUGGUAAUAUUAUUGUUAUAAUUUUCAUAAUUGAUAUUAUUCUACUAAUGUAGUUCUGAUUUCCUGUAAAGGGCACAUUUUAUAUCAGCAGCAGCAUUAACAAUGACAGAAUAAGCACACACUCAAAAAAUGCACAAUGAUUUUCUGUUUACAUGAUUUUAAGGUUAUUUGAUUUUUUGUUUGUCUUGUUGUUUUUGUUUUUCUUUUUUUUGUCACAGCCAGUUUCACUUCACAUACCUCUCAUGAAAACUUUGUCUGAACUAUGUAGCUCAAGUCUAUGCCACCUAAAUGUUUUUACCAUUUGCAUAACAUUUCAAAGUAGGAUUAAUCUGGAAAAUUGACUGUCUCCACUGAAUAAAGUAGCUUGUGCAGAGGUGUUAUCUCCAAAACUACACAUAUAUUUAAAACAGAGGCUUUCUCAGAGCAUUGCUGUUUUCUGGUACAGUGUUUCUGCUGAUGCACCUGAAUGAUUGUACGUCUUUCUGUCUUGUCUUAAUAAGCACCCCUUCUCAUAUGUCUCUGUUUUUACUGCGUUGGAAUGGCUCUGAUGAAAUCCUGUGCUGAUUGUCAGGAUAGGCUCCAGUUCUCAUUCAGUAACAGGCAGAGCAAAAGAACAUCUCUUCUAUGGAUUUGGUCUUGUCUGUAAAUACAACAUAUUUAGCUUGUAUUGUGGUUGUUUAUUAUUUGUUAUUUACAAGUUGUCUGUGAAUCCUUAAAACGUGGUUCCUUCCCCUUCAUCGCUUUGUUUGAUUUCAACCUCACUGUGGACUCCAGGCGGCACUGUUCUCCUCCCAGGAUUCGUUCUGAUGUCUCCUUUUGGACUGGGAGAUUAUUAUGGGACCUCAGAUACACUCAUCAAGCCUGCUUCGAGUUUGGGUUGAACUCACAGAUCCUGUGUGAUCCACUUUCUUAACCCAGACAGGAUUGGCUAAAUAACUGUCUCCUUGAAGCUCCCAUCAAUCAGGUCCCUCAGAGAGUCCCAUCUGUGUGGGAUAAGGAUCCAGAGUUAUGGGAGACUGUAGCAGCGCCGAUGGAUGGGAGCAUAGUGAUGCCCUUUCAGUUACCAGAUCAUGCAGCCACAUCAGUCAAAAAAGAGGAAUAAUGGGAUACAUUUGUAAUGGAUAUAUUGCCAUUUUUGUGGAUUGUUUUCAGCAGAUUAUUUUAUUAUUUUUAUUUUAAAUGUACUCAACAAAAUAAAAUGAAAGCCCAUAGAAUCUGCACACAAAGAAAAGCAUAGUUGCGUAUCAUGCUAUUUAAUUUGUUUCUUUCCGUAUGUAAUGUACUCUUGGUCUGAUCAACUCUCUGUCACUGUUUCAAAGAGAUAGAUGAUCUCUCAUUGCAUCACACUGUCUCAGCCUCAGCGAGUGAUGGUGACAUACUUAUCAAUUUUCUGAUAUCAAUGUGAAACAGAUUGUACCCAGAGUUCAACAGGGACAUCUCCAGGAUUUGGCUAUCGGUGGCCUGGGAAACACUCUCUCCAGUGUUCCUUUAAUUUAGUGACACACACCUCCCUUCUUUCCUCCAAUCCCAUCCCUCACCCCACAAACACCCCUUCCUCCUCCUUCCUUCUCUUUAAUUUUCUUUUUUGUAAAUACUGUAUAAUGCAUUUUGAUAUCAUUGACAUGUUUUGAUAUGUCAGUCACUACCAAUGAAUACAGCUGAAAGUAAAUUAUAAAUAAAUCUGUCCAUGUUUUUCAUAGAGAACAGAUGCGCUGACUAUUUGGCUCAUGUGGCUAAAUUUCCAUUAAAAUGUAUAGAAUACAGUAAAUCAAUAAAUGCAGACUGUAUGCUAAAGAAUUGUAUGGUGGGGAUGAUAGGACAGAGAGAGGACAGGACAGAGAGAAGCAACCAAACUGUGGCGUCCUCACUCUGCCCUCGUCUCCUUAUGUUUCAUUUAAAUGUUACUAUUGGCUUUAAAUAAUCAUUUUGAAUAUUUUUCCAAAGGGCAUCUUCUCACAAAAAAAAUCAUGGGACCUCUUAUUGCAUUUUUUAAUAUGAAGGAUUUUUAUCAAUUUAAGAAAACUUUUAAAAAGGUAAAAAAAAAAAUGCUUAUGAGAACCUCAUUUUAAAUUAAAAAUAGAUCAAAAGGUUCCUGUGUCCUUUGCUAUCUGCUCCUGUUAUAGCGUAUAGAUUGAAGCUCUCUCACUGAUCCUCUCUCAGUCCUCUGUGUAUAUCGAUCGUUGGCCAUCUCUGUACUUCUAUUGUGAUGUAUAAUACUGUACCAUUAGGAAGAUUUGCUGGUCGGGUGGGCUGGUUAUGUUGAGUUGGGGAGGGGUGGGGGAUUCAAGGGAAGGGGAUAGGAAUGAUUCUCCUGUACUGUUCAUGGUCCUUUCUAAUGACACGGCAGUAUUCAGUAUGAAGCAGUCUGUCUCUUGGGUUUGCUUUGUAUUUACAUGGUAGGAUAGUUCAGAAUCUUGUCUUAGGGACUUAGGUGUCUUGUGUAGGUAAUAAAGAUGUUCUUUGUAUGUUUCUUUAUAUUGUAAAGUUUCUUUAGAUUGAAAGAAAAACAGAUAAUUUGCUUAUCAAAAAAGAAACAAUGCAUCAGUAAUAAAUGUCAUUUGAUUUUU